CAACUUGUCAGCACCGAAGAGUGCAUAGAAAUUCUGAAAACUCAGCUGUCAGCCAAACAAAUAGAAACUGAAAAGCUCUACAUAAAGGAUAUUCAAUUAAAGCAAAUAACAAACUGCUCUGGCUUUCUAGGAGAGUAUUAUACAUUAACUAUUGUAGCUGCAUCGACGCUUUCAGCUAAGGAACGUUUGUUUGAUUAUUUUAUAAAGACGCUGCCGCAGCAGAAUCUGCAAUAUCGAGAAGAAUGUGAACGUAAAGGUGUAUUGCGAAAAGAAUCUGCUAUUUAUAAGGAGAUAAUACCUAAAUUACAGAGAUAUGCCAAUUGUAAACUAGCUCCCACUUGUUUUCUAACACGCGAGGAUCUCUUGGUGCUAGAAAAUCUGAGUUUUGACUACAGACAACUGCCUGCCUUGGAGGAUUAUAAUAUGACACAAUAUCGUGUGCUGCUAAGCCAUUUAGCCACGUUGCAUGCCACAAGCAUAGCAUGGGAACGUGCUGAAAGCUUCAGCAUAGGUGAACGUUAUAGAGAAAUGCUCUUUGAGCUGAUGCUAAGCAGUGAGAAUGAUUGGUUCAUUACAAGCAUUAAGGCUAUAGUUUAUUUAGCUGCACAACAUGAGCAGCUGCAGCAUGAAAAAUAUCAGCACUUUAUAGCUAACAAGCUGUAUGAGAAAUUAUUAAAAACCGAGACACUAGUGCAACCAACCGAGCGUAUGUGCAAUGUAUUUUGCCAUCGCGAUGCAUCCAACUUCAAUAUAUUCUUUGCUAAGCAUGAUGCUGAGCGCUGUUGCUUAGUUGACUUUGGCUUAAGCACUUACAGCACGCCCGCACACGAUAUACACUUUAUGCUUUAUAUGAACUCAACGCAGACAACGCGUCAGCUUUUGUAUCAAGAGUUUAUCAAGUGGUACUUUGAUGCAUUGCAAGCUAAAUUUGCUGAGCUUGGCAUACCCGCCACUGAGCUAAGUUGGCAAGAGUUCCAAGCGGAUUGCAAGCGUGCUAGCCUGGUUGCUUUAAUUAUCAGCUGUCUUUGUCUGCCAAUACAUUUAUUGCCGUCCAAGUUGAUGGCUACAGUGAGAUCGCAGCAAGCUCAGAAAUUUGAUUACUGGCUAAAUGUGGACAGACGUGAGCUGCUGGAUAUGGCCAUGGCUCAAGAUCCAGCAUAUAAAGCUAAGAUAAUGGCGCUUAUAAAGGAGCUAAUGGAGCAGCUGCUGGCAAGUGAAGCGCAAGAAAGUUAAGAAUAACCUCAUCAAGUGAAAAAACUCGCUAAGUAGCCAGACCUCCGUCCUAUAAA